AUGGGGAAAAGGCGGACUCUCGAGGAAACUCUUCGCAGAGCUAAAGAGAAGGGCGCUAGACGAGAUACCGGUAUUGUUGAUGGCAAACCAUGUUGCAAGAAGAUUACACUGGGAACGCAGAAAAACUAUGACAAACAGGUAGCCUUUUGGCAUCGAUUCGUGCAAGAGAGCCUGGAGGAGAACCCUGACACGCCUCCUCCGUCUCCAUACGAUAUGCGCUCGUUACAACAGUUCGUGAGGGCAAUGGCAUACGGGAUCGGCGGCGUAGAAGGGAUUGAUGAGGGCUGCACGGAGACCGUGCCUAAGUAUUGGAACUCCUUUACGGCUGGAUUGCGCCGGGCAAACCUGGAAAACCUGAAAUACCCGCCGGCACUGUCAGAUCCGUCACAAAUGUAUGCUCCUUCCAGCUUUGAACUUGGGUGCAGCAGCUAA